CUCUCUCCAGCAGGGGCAUCUCUCUCUCCUCUCUCGCUCCCUCGGUGGCCAGUGGGCGAGAGGGGGGAGACCAGCCACAUUCAACGAACAAGCCGGUGUGCGGAUCCGUCAACCUCUCCCAUUGGUCCUGGACGCCCCUGCCUCGGUCGUGCCGUUUCCCCCCCAGCUUUGCAUCUGAAUGACGGGCGGAAGGUUCGACUUCGACGACGGCGGCACUUACUGCGGGGGUUGGGAGGAUGGCAAAGCCCACGGACACGGCAUCUGCACCGGACCCAAGGGCCAGGGCGAGUACGCGGGCUCUUGGUCGCACGGCUUCGAGAUAGUCGGCGUGUACACCUGGCCCAGUGGGAACACCUACAAGGGCUACUGGUCGCAAGGCAAGAGGCAUGGGCUCGGCGUGGAGAAUAAAGGCAAGUGGAUCUACCGCGGGGAGUGGAGCCACGGCUUCAAGGGGCGCUACGGCGUCCGGCAGAGCCACAACACGCCUGCGAGAUACGACGGCACCUGGAGCAACGGGCUCCAAGAUGGAUAUGGCAUUGAAACCUACGGCGAUGGAGGUACCUAUCAAGGCCAGUGGAUGGGUGGCAUGCGCCACGGCUAUGGCGUGCGCCAAAGCGUUCCUUAUGGGAUGGCGACUGUCAUCCGCUCGCCUUUACGUACCUCCAUGGCUUCCCUGCGCUCGGAGCAAAGCAACGGCACUGUACUUCAGGACCUCUCCUCCCCGGCCGACACCCCCACGAGCAAUCGCGGCGGCUUCGUGCUCAACUUCCACUCGGACAGCGAGGUAGUGACGGGCAAGAAGAAGGGCCUCUUUCGCCGGGGUUCCCUCUUCGGGAGCCUCCGGCAGUUGCGCAAGUCCGACUCGCGGACCUCCAUUUCCAGCAAGCGCAGCUCGGCACGCAGCGACGCCACCAUGAGCCGCAUCAGCUCCAGCGACGCCAACUCCACCAUUUCCAUCGGCGACAGCGAGCUGCCAGACGAGGACCUUCUCUUGGAGGACCACGUGGACGCCACCACCACCGAGACCUACAUGGGCGAAUGGAAGAACGACAAGCGCAAUGGAUUUGGCGUUUCCGAGAGAUCCAACGGGAUGAAGUACGAGGGCGAGUGGCUAAACAACAAACGCCACGGCUACGGCUGCACGGUUUUCCCAGAUGGCACCAAAGAAGAAGGGAAGUACAAAAACAACGUGCUGGUGCGUGGAAUACGGAAGCAGCUGAUUCCUCUCAAGAACCCCAAAACCAAAGAGAAGGUGGAUCGGGCGGUGGAGGGGGCCCAGAGGGCAGCAGGCAUCGCCAGGAGUAAAGUGGAAAUAGCAGCUUCCAGGACAGCCCAUGCCAGGACUAAGAGCGAGGCGGCCGAUCACGCCGCCAUCUCUGCAGUACAAGAUGCCGAAAUCUCCAGGGCGGUUGCUAGGGAGCUCGCACCAAACUUCUACCAACCAGGGCCGGACUACGUAAAACAGCAGUUUAAAGAGCCCGUGGAGAUUAAGGAGGUCCCCGUUGUGAAGAAAGACAACUCACCGAGGGAUUCCCCCCAUUUUUACCGCAAGGGUACCACCCCUCCUCAUUCGCCAUUGAAUAGUCCCGUGGGCUCGCCUCCCCACUCGCCUCACUCCAGCAAGAAGAAAGGCCAUCUAGCCCACAGCUACAAAAGCAGCAAAGAGGAGCAUCCUUCCCACAAAAUAAGCAAGGAGGAGAAGCACGCUCAUAAAAGCAACAAAGACGAACGUUCUAGCAGGAAGCCCAACAAAGAGGAGAGGGCGUCCGUCCCCGAUGGUCCCAAAGUCGCUCCCGCGCUCAUCGAGGCUCCCCCUAAACCCGCAAAACUUCAACAGCGGAGCCCUCCGCCCGACGCCACCGCCAAUCCUCCUUCAGUCCCCGUCAACGGCCAGCUCCACACAGAGUACCACAGUUACUACGUCAAGCCCCCGGUAAGGGGCCCUCCACCCCCGGAUCCAGAGGAGGACCCCGAGGAAGAGCCGAGCGCUCAGGCCCUGGCACGCCUGCCACCGCAACCCAGGUCUCUUAGUACCCCAACCCCAAAACCGGCCUCCGUACGGGACUGCAAGGGCGACCCCAAACUCAGGAAGCAAGAUUCCCUAAAGCCAAAGAGCCUCGCAGACACAAAGAAAGCCAGCACGGAGAUUGCGGAAAGCGCAGAGGAAACUGGUCCUAACUCCAUCCUGGUCGCUAUGGUGAUGCUGUUGAAUAUCGGCCUUGCAAUUAUAUUUGUCCAUUUUCUGACAUGAUAGUGCUCAUUCUUACUGAAAAAGACGGCAAGCUAUGCAGUUGCAUCGCCCACCUU